UUUGCUAAACAAAAGUAAAAGGUCGCAAAAUUUCAACGAUGCCAAUUAUUAUAUGGGAGCUGAGAUAUUUAUUAUAUUUACUACUGGUUUUCUCAUUUGAGGCACGAAAAGUACCGGAAAAUCACAUUGUAUUUCCACCUGGGGAAAAACUUAAAUCUAAUAAAACAGAAAACGUCACCGAACUAGUCACGAAACAGUUACCCAAAACUGAGACUAGAUUAAAUCUUCAACCAAAUAUCAAGAACGAAACGAUGAUUAAGCCACCAAAAAACGAAACCAUAAUCCGAGAAGAGGAAUCAACUACCAUACCCAAUAAUGUGACCAUGAAAAUUAGCGAAGAGAAGAUGAUUGUGUUUAAGCAAAGCGAAGAAGAGGAUGAAAUAAAUAAACUAUGGAAUCAAAAGAUUAUUACCACCACAGAGGGGAAAAAACUGGAUAUUGGACCACGUAUUACCCUAGAAUCAUUGCCCAGAUGUAAAGAGGGAUUUAAGCUAAUAGGCGAACAUUGUCGCAAAGAGGCCUAGUUAACUUAAAUGCUAUACAAAUCUUGAAGACAUUGUCAAUAAAGAUCUAAAGCAAACAUAAA